GAUCGGAAAAGUUAUUUAAAAUGUUUGAUACUGCAAAAUCAGAGCCGGACGAGUUUGAUUCGGAAUUAAAUACGAACGAUGCAGGUCCGGAUGAAAAUUUGGACGUCCCAAGCAAAUAUGCCUGGACGGAUAUCACUGAGCAAUUCAAAACUGCUUGCAAGUCACUGAAACUUGGAGAGCUUUGGCAUGACAGCCAUUUCAGUCUGAUGGAGGGCAUGUCGGCCAUUGAGAUGAUGGAUCCAAAGAUGGAUGCAGGCAUGCUAUGCAAUCAGUCUAAGAGAAAAUUAAUUUCACUGCGACAAGCUAUCAAGGAUGGAGAGAUAAAAAUAGAAAAUCUGACAGCAGAAGCAUUAAUUGGAAUCAUUGAUGACACUUUGGCCUGCUUUGUAACAUGGAUAGAAGGACACUCAUUAGCCCAGACGGUAUUCAUAAAUUUGUACCUCCACGAUCCAGCCCUGAUCAACGACCCGACUUUGAAGUCAUUUUCGACAGCCAUUCUGAAAAUUGUUGAUGAUGUCAGAGAUAAGAUAACCCGAGUUAGCGUCUACGAAGAGGAGGACUUCCAAUCAAUGUCUUAUAACUUCAAUAUGGCUGACGAGGUUGCCGACCAGUUUGUCUUAUCGAUGUUGAGAGAUGUUGAAGAGGACUAUAAUAAAGUCGUCAAGAGCACAAGAUCCAGAACAGGCGUUGAGCAAACUCAAGAUGACAUUAAUAAGAAUACAGUUUCACAAGCACUAGCCUCUCGUCUAAAGUUCACAAGAUUGUUUUAUUCACUGAUGCUGAUGUUUAACAGAGAGAAAAGUGGUGGCAUGGCAGAUGGCGAGAAACUCUUGAAACAGAUGAGCGAGCUGUUGGCUACCAUCAAGUCAACUCUCCAUCUCGGGUCUUAUGCCUCACAACAACAACAUCAUCAACAUGAAACGCAGCCACAACAACAACAAAACUCGUCACUUCAGCAGCAGCAGCAGCUGCAGCAAAACUCAUCACACUCUCACACUCAGCAGCAACACACUUCACCAUCCCAACGAAGUUUUGCCCCAGGUUUCGAGCCAAUGGCGAAUCAGCGUUUGCUACCCCCUACCUUUCCGAGACUGGUUUUAAUCAGGUCGAGAUCAGAGUCGGUAGAAUAUUUCCAGCAACUCGUCUUGCAACUGCAGCAUAUUAUCUCCGUUGCAUCACUCAAUAAUUUCCACGAGAUUAUUGAUUUCUGUUUGGAGUUCAGUAAGCCAUCCCCAUGUUUGCUCUCCAGAUCCAUUCUGCAAUUGAUGAUUCUACCAAUAAACAAGCGGAUCUUUGGAGAGGUGGUCAUGGACAUCAUCAGAGAAACUAUCAGAUCAUUCUGUGCGCCGCCUGCUCUUAUUAAGGGCAACCCACUCUAUAACAACUGCCAACUGAAAGAAUGUGUGGACACGUUUUUGGUGCACUGCGUUCGCCCCAUCAUCAACAUCGUACAGACCACGGGGCACAACAGGGCUCGUAUGCGAGACAGGUGGGCCAGGGUGGCUGAAGAUUUGGCCCUCUUACAGGAAGAGGCGGAGAAAUUAGAUUCAUAUAUGCAGACUUUAAUGAUGAAGAUGGAUACGAAUUAUAGAGUGGGUUCCUAUUUUGGUACCUGGGUCCUUUACCUUACUUUACGUGUUAUGAUUCUUUACGUAACAUCCGGUCUGGAGUUAGAACUGUAUUCGCCACACGAGUAUAAUUAUGUGUUUUGGUACUUGAGUGAGGGCCUGUACAAUUGGUUGACGUCGACAAUAAGCAGAGCUGAAGUUUAUGCACAUGAAGCCGAAUCAAUGACUUCUGCCGCCAAUAAUGCCAAUAAUAGUGGAAAGGGAACGAAAAAGACGAAGAAGAGUAAGAAGAAGGUGAAGCUGCCCAGCAAUGAACUUGUAGUCAGUCAGGCACUUCACUGCCUAACUGGAGGAUAUUAUAAGUCCGUGAUAGCCUUGAGAAUGGACAACAAGUUGAGUCUGCCGAAAUUCGAUUUUGACAGCGAAGAGGUCCGAUACAACCACAGAUUCUCGCCGUUUGCUUUCAUCAUGGCUCCACCUCUGCUUCAAUAUCAACAAUUCAAGGAGCACACAGACGUAAAGUCAUGUGACCCAGUAGCGACGUCAUUGGAUCUGUACAAGGGAGCUUCCAAGUGCUUCAAUCAGACGAAAUUACACCUCGAGUCUAUCCCAAAUCCAAAUGAAGAGGUGCAGAGUUUACUGAAAGUGGCCAAAACGAACCUAGUCGUUAUGAGAAUACUGGAGGGUGGGCAUAAAAUGGACUUGAAGAAAUUGCCGGAGUUCAAUUUCGAACAUCACAAGCUCUUUCCCAUUAUAAAACUGACCUGAUAGUGUGGACGAUUUCUAUGGAUUUCUACACAUUUUCAUCUCAUUAUUAAUUAAUUAAUUAAUCAAUUGAUUAAUUGAUUUAUUUAUUAUAUUUGAAUAUAUUUCUCUUUUUAUAGCUAAUCACAAUUAUUAAUUUAUAGUUAAUUAAUGAUCAAUUAAAUUUUUUUUAUAGGUUUAUUUUUGUUUGUUCGUUUUCUUCUCUAUAGGGAAAUAUCAAAAAGUUACUUCGCUAAAUUCGAAUAAAUGACACAAAAAUGAUAUAAUUAAUGCGAUUAGUUAAUUAAAUUUAAAUAAGUGUCAAAAAAAUUAUGAAAUUAA